UCAGGGGGCAGGGAGCGUGAUUUCCUGUGGCCGCCUGGUGGUCGCUCUGAGCGCCCCGAGCCUCCGCGGUCCUGCCUUGUGUGCAGCGGGGUCGCUCUGGUGCAGGUGGCCGGGAGUGGCGGCCCCUCCCGGAGUGCCUCUGCGGAGAGGCGUCAUUCAUUCACUUCAUUUAUUCAUUGGUUUCUGGGGCACGUGGCAGUUUUCGCUGAAGAGCACUGAUUUAGAAGAAAAAACUUCUGCUUCACCUGCCAAGUUUUGGAGCACCAUCCCAUCCCCACUGUCCAUCUCUCCCAGGCUGGGGUGCCCCCUGCUGUUCUGUCUGUGCCCGGCAUUGCCGAGGGAUUACUCCAAACUCUGUGCUCAUUGAUACCUCUAUGCACUGCUUGACGGCCCUGUGUGGUGAUGGCGAUUGCAACUGGGUUGGGCAUGUGCCAGGUCUUUGUCAAAGCCCCGGUGGGAUUCUCGAGAAUAACAGGCUGGAGAAGAUGGUAUUGCACCUUCUGACACGCUGUCUCCAGGAUGUAGUGACCUUCUCCGAUGUGUCCGUGAACUUCACCCUGGAAGAGUGGCUGUCCCUGGACACCUCUCAGAGAAAGCUCUACAGGGACGUGAUGUUGGAGACAUACCAGCACCUGCAGGCCAUCGGGUAUUCCGGGGUGAAGCCUGUGGUGAUCUCCUGGCUGGAAGGAGGAGCCCUGAGACCGGGGAUCAGAGGCGUGUGUUUAGAAGUUCAACCGCAGCUUCAGAAUGUGGCACUGCCACAGUUUGAUUUGGAAAAAGUCUCAUCGAAUAAGCAUGAACUGGGAAGCAGCCAGCCCCAGUGGAAUGUCUCUGAUCCUGUGCACUGGAACAAAUUCUCGAGUGAACAAUCCUGUCUUCAUCCCCAUGGGGAUACCAAGACAGGCAGGAUGUCCUCUGAUGGUGUUUGGAAGGAAGAGAGUGACCUCGCUCCAAAGAAGCCCUCCCCUGUGAGAAGCUCCUCACAAUCUAUUCUGCACAUACCUCGAGCCCAACACCCCCUACUGGCACAGCCCAUGGACUGUGGGAGAGGAGCACUGUUAAUAGUGAAUCCUUCUCACCGACAGGCCCACAAGCAAAUUCACUAUGUACUGAACCCAUCCAAGUGUAAGAAUUGUGGGGAAGACUUCCCAUGUUCUCGGCAUCCUGGUGUUCCUUUAGAAACCCACAGUGGAGAGAAAUUCCAGGAAUGUCAGCAGCAAGGAGAAACAUUGAGUCAAGGGUUACCCCAUUGUGACCAUAUUCAUGUAACUGCAGGAACGAAACCACAUUUAUGUGAAGAAUGUGGGAAGGCCUUCGAUCGAUACUCAAAACUUAUUUCACAUAGGAGAAUUCACACUGGAGAGAGACCUUAUGUUUGUAAGGAAUGUGGGAAGACCUUCAAUCGAUCAGGGCAUCUUACUUUACACAUGAAAAAUCAUAGUGGAGAGAAGCCUCAUAAGUGUCAGACAUGUGGGAAGGCCUUCAUUUGCCGCUUCUACCUUAAUAAACAUAUGAAAAUUCAUAGUGGAGAGAAGCCUUAUGUAUGUAACGCAUGUGGGAAGGCCUUUAUUAAUUCCUCAGUCCUUACUGUUCAUAUGAGAAUUCAUACUGGAGAGAAACCUUAUGUUUGUAAGGAAUGUGGGAAGGCCUUUAUUAAUUCCGCAGUCCUUACUGGUCAUAUGAGAACUCACACUGGAGAGAAACCUUAUGUUUGUAAGGAAUGUGGGAAGGCCUUUUCUCAUUCUGGACAGCUUAGUAAGCACAGGAAAUUUCAUACUAAAGAGAAACCACAUAAAUGUCAGACAUGUGGAAAAGCCUUCUCUUAUCGCUUUGACUUUACUGAGCAUAUGAAAAUUCAUACUGGAGAGAAACCAUAUAUUUGUGAGGAGUGUGGGAAGGCCUUUAGAAGUUCAUCGCAACUUUCUGCACAUAGGAGAAUUCACACUGGAGAGAAACCAUUUAUAUGUAAGGAAUGUGGGAAGGAUUUCAUGUACCUAUCAAACCUUAAUAGACAUAGAAAAAUUCAUACUAGAUGACUUGAUCUCCUAAGAAUCCCUAAGGUCAAAAUAGGCCCCAGGGGCACAGUGAUUUUUCUUUCGACAGUGGAAUCAGGGGUGCUACAAAAGUACAUCAAAGAAGGACAUAAUCCUGCCUCCAUGGUACAACCUUCCCAUGAGGUCAGUUCUAUAAAGGAAAUUUCAUGAUGAUUAUGAUUAUCAUGGGGGGGGCAACUAUGCCACUUAUAUUAUGCUUGCAUUUCCCUGUAUGUUAACGU